UCCGAUCAUUCGUUCCGUUCUCCAGUCGAGGCUGAUAACCGCCCCACAUUGGACGUAUGCGCGUUCCUUUAUGGAAAAAUACCCGCGUAAAUACGCUAGAAUGCGUUAAUUAAACUUCAUAGUGAUUAAAUAACGUUCCCGUUUUGUGUGCCCCUUGUGUUUUUGUGGAUAUUUGUGCGUACCCUUUACUGUUGAAUGGUGUGUGUCAGUGAAACGAGUUUAAUUUUUAGUGCCCUCAUAACUUGGAUUUUUUCUUGUGGUGUUUUUGUGAUGGCGUAGCGUAAUGGAGGGCGAGUGCUCGGAGGGCACGGACGGCUGGCUGCUGGUGCGCGUGCACGUGCCGGAGCUCAACGUGCAGAAGAGCCUGCAGUUCCCCAGAGACCAGCUCGUGUGGGACGUCAAGCAGCAGUGCUUGGCCGCCUUGCCUAAGGUGGCCUCUUGGUACAGGGAGCUAAAGGAGAGCUUCAACUAUGGUCUGUUCUGCCCGCCAGUCAACGGCAAAGCCGGGAAGUUCCUGGACGAGGAACGCCGCCUCGGGGACUACCCCUUCAAUGGACCUGUCGGAUAUCUCGAGUUAAAAUACAAGCGGCGGGUAUACAAAAUGCUGAAGCUAGACGAGAAGACGUUAAAAGCGCUGCACACACGAGCGAACCUGCGGCGCUUCCUAGAGCACGUAACCCACGGGCAGGUGGACAAGAUCACCAAGGCCUGCGCCAAGGGUCUCGACCCCAAUUUCCACUGUCCGGAGACCGGAGACACUCCCCUCACCAUCGCAGCUGGCUUAAAGUCUCCUGGCAAGGUGCUCAUCGCGCUGGUCAACGGCGGAGCCUUGCUGGACUACCGAACUAAAGAUGGCAGCACUGCUAUGCACCGAUCCAUCGAGAAGAACUCUUUAGAAGCUGUAAAAACUCUUCUAGAACUUGGAGCAUCUCCGAACUACAAGGACGGGAAAGGCCUGACGCCUCUGUACUUGUCCGUGACGAACAAAACUGAUCCGCUGUUGUGUGAAACCUUGCUGCAUGACCACGCAACGAUCGGGGCCACAGAUCUUCAGGGAUGGCAGGAGGUUCAUCAGGCCUGCCGCAACGGAUUGGUCCAGCACCUGGACCACCUGCUGUUCUACGGCGCAGACAUGAACGGACGCAACGCAUCGGGCAACACCCCCCUGCAUGUGUGCGCCGUCAACGCGCAAGACUCCUGCGCACGGCAGCUGCUCUUCCGCGGUUGCGAUAAGGAGGCGCUGAACUAUGCUAACCAAACGCCUUAUCAGGUGGCUGUAAUAGCCGGGAACUUAGAACUAGCUGAAGUAAUAAAGAAUUACAAAUCAGAAGAAAUUGUGCCAUUCCGGGGUCCUCCUCGAUACAACCCGAAGCGUCGCUCUGCGGCUUGGGGCGCAUGGUGGACUGCUGGAGACAGGUCGUCACUGGCUUCAUCGACUAGGAUCCCCGCAGAGUUGGACGCUCUGCUGCGCCGCCAGGGACCUGCCGCGUCACCCUGCAGUCUUGAACGACCGUUCUCGUCAGCGUCUUCAAGUAUCAGUGACGCGAGCCAUCCAAGUCACGAGGACGAUGCCAGUAUACUAACAGAUAAAAGCGCGGGCGACACUAGCGACAUCAUCUCCGACUCUAGCGGCGUCGGCACCAGCAACUCUGAUACCACCACCUGUUCGCUGCAGACCACGGGCACUACCGUGGUGUGUCUACAGCCUUAUGAACCCACAGCGCCGAAGCACUUACGGCUCAACCAAGGGGAUAUCAUCGAAGUGACGGGGGCGACAGAUGAUGGACUACUGGAGGGAACGGUGCGGGGAUCGGGGGCGAACGGGUUCUUUCCCGCACACUGCGUACAGGAAGUACGGUUGAGGCAGAACACGCAGCAUUUACACCAGGUUUUGGGUUCUGGACCGGUACACCACUCGCGAGUGACAGGCCGGAGAGAAAUAGCACUAAGCAAGACAUACAGUGCCACCGCACCUCGGAUAAAGAAAACAUAUGGCAACAUGGAAACCCGCACGGUGGUGCUGCACCGCGCCCGAAGAGGCUUCGGCUUCGUGCUGCGCGGGGCGAAGGCGUCUUCACCGCUCAUGGAGCUCCGCCCCUCGGAGCGGUGCCCCGGACUUCAAUACCUGGAUGACGUCGACGCAGGAGGUGUGGCGGACCGCGCGGGAUUGAGAAAAGGAGACUUUCUUGUUGCGAUAAACGGCGAAGAUGUGUCUGCAGCAUCUCACGAACGAGUCGUGGAGCUGAUCCGGAGUUCUGGUGCGCUCGUCUCUAUGACUGUUGUCUCGUUGAACAACAAUAAUGGUAACAACGAGAACAACACGUGUACAGUUCCGACGAGCAAGUCACAGAACCAACUAUCCAGUUCAGGCAGACCUUAUGCUGCUACGUUGCCUAGAAAAGCCGCUGGAGGUCGUAGCCCUGCUCCGGCACCGCCGCGAAGAGAUCCGCGGACCACACUGAGUGUAGGUCGAGCUAGAGCCAAGUCUAUGGUGGCUGGAUUAGAAAACGGGGGAGAGAAGGAGGAGAACUGCGAGCCUCUCAGUGUGGCUGGCAAGUCAUCGUCAGCGGAGUCUGUGCAACUUCAUAGCGGCAGCAAUAGUGGAACGCCUCAGGGCGGCACCCCGGUGGCUCCCCGCACCGCCUCCAUCCGCCAGCGGCCCGCGUCCGGCCGCAUCACCGCCGCAGAGCUGGAAGAACUCUUCCAGAGACAGGCAGAUGCUGAUACGUCUGGCGGCAACAACGCAAUGAUGACGCGGUCAGCGUUCCAAGGGGGGUCAAACUCUCCUCCAUAUUCGCCAGCUCGAACCCCAGGACGAGUGUAUGCUUCCGUAGCAGAGAUGAAGCGGUCGCGAGGCAAGAUGUGGGCCAAAUCCCAGGGUACCCUGCGCAGGGACUUCCACUCAACACCGGAUCUGGCAGCUGAGCAUCUCACGCAUCCUCCACGGACUCGCUCUAGUGAAGAUGUUCAUGGUCCAGGGCGCGUGCCCCCUCCAGCGCACCCGCCGCCGCCGCCACCAGCGGUACCAGCGUCCACAUUCAGACCUGACAACCAAGCCAAGCUAUACGCGUCACCUCGCGACCUAGGCCCAGUCGCGUAUAGAUCCCGCGCUGAAAACUCACAUCCCGUACGCAAGUGUAUGUCACUGCGGUCGUGGGCGGGGCCGGGCGCCACCCGCGCCGCCUCCGCCGACGAGCCGAGCAACCAGUACGCGCAACCCUUCAACCAACACAAGGGCUUCGUGCGACAGAACUCGACGCCCGCGCCGCCGAUCCCGGAGCCGGACUACAGCAUGUCAGAGUCAGACGAUGAGAACUCCGUUAAACCCAAGAACGAACCGGCGGCAGUCGCUGAAACCAGCGCAAACAGUAACGCUAGCGGCAGUAGCUCCGGCUCGAGCUCGAUGCAGCACUCGUUCUCCGUGGACGAGAUCCAGAAGAUCCGCACGCGGCUCAAGUCAUCCAAGUCGUGCGGCGACGAGCUGGGCAGCGUGGAGCGCGACGACGGGGACAACUCGUCGUCCGGCGUGUCUUCCGACCAGGAGGCGCAGGCCAAGCCGCCGCCGCGCCGCGACAAGGUGUCCUUCUGCAGCUCCGUCACCGUCAAGUCCUCCAACGACGUCAUCAGCACGGAGCCGGUGCACAGCUCGUCCGAGAGCCUGGCGACGCCGCCGCCGCCCAUGCAGCGCCACAACUCGCUGACGCGCAAGCGCGCCACGGCGGCGCUGCUGCGCGGCAGCUUGGGCGCGGCCCGUGGCAAAUCUGCGGCGGAGCGGCUGGGCGUGGACCCGGAGAAGGCGCCGGGGCGGCGGGCGCGCGCCGCCGUGCUGCUGGCGCAGCUGCCGCCGCCGCCCGAGGAGCCGGCGGGCGCGGCCGAGGCGGGCGCGCCCGUGCUGGCGCCGCCGCCGCAGUUCAGCGACCGCGUGCGCGUCGUGGCCGCGCUGCCCAAGCUCGCGCACAUGCCGAUGCAGUAGACCGGCGAACUACGAUUUUCUCGCUCAAAAUCUCUAGUUUGCUCGGCGGAACCCGUGGCCCGUCGACCUUCUAAUAUUUUUAGCUCUCGAGCGGAACUUACAGGUAUAGGGCGGUCUUAGAACUGAUAGGUAGUACUUACCACUCGAUAGAUGAAAUAGGUACCUUCGAAUCGAGCUCACAUUGAGUCUUUUAUAGUGCCAAAUGCAGAUUUGAUAAGAUUUUUCGUCACGCGGUUUGUAUUAUUACACUUUUCACGGAUUAUUCUUAUUGUAUCGCACGGGAACUAUUGUGAGCUGCGAUCGGUAGGUCUCGCUCUUAUGAACCAUAGAUUAUAAAUAACUUCACUUUUUGAACACUCGUCGUAGGCAUAACCACAUUGUAAUUAACACGCGUUCUUUUGCAAAAGGAAUAAUAAAAUAAGCGGAAAACUUUUUGUAAUCAAACGACUAAAUGAAACCAAAGAUUUAUAGUAUUUAUUGUUGAGGAGUUAACAUUGAUAUAGUUGAAACUAAUUUUUAUACAUUCCCUUAUUAACUAGUAUUAAUAUACGUUUUCAUAAUCGACUUGGAUAAUUGGAUUUAUUUAAUUGUUAUUAUUCAUUAUGAUAUAGUCCCCGAUAUGUGUCAAAUUAUUUUCUCUAUAUGAAAGAACUUAUUUAAUCCCGAAUUCUAUUUCGUAUAACCCUACCCUGUUACAACGCAACCAAGUGCCAUCGUGUCUAUCAUUUUAAAAUAUUUUUAUAUGUCUCUGUAAAUAUAUAUUACGAGAGCUAUUUGUGCGUUGAAGGAGUGGACUUGGGACGCGUUACAAACAAUAUCCGGCCAAGAUAUCAAAGUGAUCUUCAGAAGAAAUUAUAUUUAUAUAUUUAAAUAAACACACUAUUUAUAAAUAAUAUUUAUAUUGUCUAAAUAUGUUCGAUAUAUCGAAGGUAUAAUUUUAUUAAUUUAAUUCGUCCAUUAUAUUCGUUUCAAGUCCACUCUUUUGUAAAUGCAAUCUAAUAUAAUUUGGUGGCCUAAGCCGCCUCGCAUGUGUUCUCAUACCGACUAGCGCUUAUUAUUAUUGUUCAACGCAUUAGUAUUUUAUCCGUUCCAUUGAAAUGUAAAUUUUAUACUACAGUCUGUUCGCAAUGACGUGGUCUGUGGUCACUGGGCGCUUACAGCGCCAUCUACAGAAUAAACACUAUAAUCUAUUUUUUUCAGCUGUUAUAAAUGGACCGUGUCACAUGAACGGACUAUAAUCGAAAAUAUCCGUGCAUCUUUUUAGAUAUAGUAUUAAAAGCAAGGAAAGAGAAGUAACACCAAUGUUUUAUAUUCGAUUGAUUUUGUAUCUUGUUGUAUUUAAGGUCAUGCGCUGCGUAACGAUUUGUGCGCGGAUACGAUAUCAUAUAAUAAAAUUGUAAACGUUUAUAAAUCGUUUAUUGGCGGUUUUCUAACUUUUAUAUAAAUAGUUUUCAACACUUUUUAAGCUUUCACUAGAAGCUGUUUCGACGUAGACGCUUCUAUAGUUUCAUUUUUUAACUACUCCUUACAUCCUUGUUAAGGUAAAGUUCUAAUAAGAGUCUAGUAAUUAAUCUUUUUAUCAAAAAUACCUCUUCUCUAUUAGAAAACUGUCAAUAACACUCGGGCUAACUGUCUGAAGACCUGGGUUAGACUGAACACUGCCGUAGCCAUUUUGAAAAAAAGCCUAAUUUUAUACAAGUAUUAUCUGCGCAGCUAAUGUGAACCUUACUUCAAAGACGUUAAGUUUGUAUUUUGAUAAGUUUGUUGUUGUCGACUCGGUGGAUCCUUUUGACCGACUUUGCGGAGUAGUGUACCACCAAUAUAAUACCUGUAUUUAUAUUAGAUAUAGAUCUACUAGUUAACACAGACUGUUUACUUUAAUACCUACAUACAUAAACUCUCGCCUAUUUCUCGUCAGGAAAAAGAAAACGCUACAUUUAAAAUACAGAUUUUAAAAAGAGUUUUAAAAUCUGUAUUUUCAGAGGAAAAUCCACAUUAAAUAUACACUAUUUCGAAAAUAUAUCGUAAUACUUUGUGAUUAAAAUAUAAAAAAGGAAGUUAUUAAACUUAGCAGUCUGUGCUAGGAUUUCGAAAGUUCGAUUCAAUUUUAAAGUCUGAUUUUAUUUUAUUUUAAUAUCUGACUAGUACACAAAUCAUUAAAACUAUUAAAGUUUACAGAUUUAACUCUCUAUUUGACAAGAAGAACUCUACUUGAAAAGUUACGUUACUCAGACGACGUAUUCACUAGAGAUCACUUAGAGAUUUUAUUUCACUAGAUCAGUUUGAAAAUGAUAUCAUAACAAUUAUGUUUAAGAAUGGAACUUUCGUUUUGCCUUUAUCCUGUAGAUCAUAAAAUCUAAUCUAGAAGAGUCGCGUCAACAGCAUAGAGUUGACUUAGAAACUUCACUGUAUUAUUAGCACAAUUAAUUUCUAUUAUUAAAUGUAUUAUUAUUUCGUUAUAAUCGUCUUGUCAUUAUUUUAAGUUGUAUAAAUGUAUUGUCUACUUAAGGCAUAGCUAGGUAGUGGUAAUUAUAUCUAGGGCAAUAUUUGAUCGAUAGUAGAGUAACAGGCGGAAAGAAAGACAUCUGAAAACUGUUUUGUAAGACUAAAAUAUGCGUUGUCAUUGGUUGGUAUUCUGUCAGAAUAAACCAAUCAGGUAUUGGCGUUUUAUUUUUUAGUUUUACGAAAUGGCUACUCGUGGGGCAACCAUCGUUUCUCACUCGAAAAACAUUGGUUUGUAAGUGCGUUUGUAUCUAUUAAGUCUCGAGUUUUACAAAGGAUUACAAAUGAGUUUCUAUGGUAGCCCCUAAUGUAAUUUUGUAUAAUACCAACAUUGUGUUUUGCGUUUCAUUUGAAUCUCAGUAUCGGACGUGUAACUACAACUUGGUAUACUUUCAAAUGAAAUUAAAUGUUUCAUCACUAUAAA